AUGGAUAAGAAGCGGCAAAUUGCGAUAUUCACUACUGCAAGCCUUCCAUGGAUGACUGGAACUGCAGUCAACCCUCUAUUCCGUGCAGCCUAUCUUGCAAAAGACGGGGAGAGAAUCGUCACUUUGGUCAUUCCUUGGUUAUCAUUGAAAGACCAAAAACUAGUAUAUCCCAACAACAUCACGUUCAGCUCACCAGCAGAGCAGGAGACUUAUGUCCGUCACUGGGUUGAUGAGAGGACUGGAUUCAAAUCUGAUUUUGAUAAAAGGAGCAUUCUUGCUGUUGGAGAUAUUUCGGAAAGAAUCCCUGAUGAAAAAGCAGAUAUUGCCAUUCUCGAGGAGCCAGAGCACCUUACGUGGUAUCAUCAUGGGAAGAGAUGGAAAAUUAAAUUUCGGCUCGUUGUAAUCAGAUUAUCUGCUGCCACCCAGGAUUAUCCUAAAUCCAUAAUUUGCAAUGUUCAUGGAGUCAACCCCAAGUUUCUUGAGAUAGGCAAGAAAAAGCUAGAGCAACAACAAAAUGGAAUCCAGGCCUUCACCAAAGGUGCCUACUACAUUGGGAAGAUGGUGUGGAGCAAAGGCUACAAGGAGCUACUCGAGCUUCUUCUUGAUAAUCAAAAGGAAUUAACUGGACUUGAGGUCGAUUUAUAUGGAACGGGGGAGGACUCUGAUCAAGUUCAAGAAACUGCUAAAAGAUUGGAACUGGCUGUUAGAGUCCACCCUGGACGCGACCAUGCUGAUCUUCUAUUUCAUGAUUAUAAAGUGUUUCUCAUCCAAGCACCACAGACGUGGUUUGCACCACCACAGCAGAAGCAUUGGCAAUGGCUCACACGACAUGCACUUGCUGAAGAGCCUGCCCAGCCGACUGAUGCACAGAGGCAUAAGCUUUCAUGGGAGGCUGCCACAGAACGGUUUUUAAGGGUUACUGAGCUAGACCAGGAAUUUACAAGGAAACUGUCAAAAAGUCCAACAAAGAACUUUAUGUCUACCUCAUUGGGGCUGUCGAGUAGCAUGGAGGGUGCAUCGGCAUAUGUGCAUCAUGUGGCUUCUGGUUUUGAAGCAACACGAAGGAUAUUCGGUGCAAUCCCAAAGAGUUUACAACCAGAUGAAGAACAAUGUCAGGAGCUUGGGCUGCCCAUCCCUGCAGUUUCAGGACAUGCUUAUUUGGCUACCGAGGAAUCCAAAUCAAGUGGUGUAGAAGGACAAUGGAUGCAGGCUGCCCGUGCAACCGCUAAAGAAUCUGAAAAAGUCCAGGUUUUCUUUGCUUGGGAACCUCCCUGUAAUGGCCAAUUCAAAUUGAACGUGGAUGGGUCUGGAAGAAGCUCUUCUGGCUGCAUUGGUGCUGGUGGUGUUAUAAGGAACUUGAGGGCUUAUGCAGCUCGUGCAAUGGAUGCUGCCACAGUUGUCCAGCUCGUGCAGAAACCAGACUUGUUUGGCUACCAUCCUCUUGCCCCACUGACGCUCUCUCUAGCUAACUGGAGCUACAACACGGACCUUGGUCAAUGCAUCCUUGAGUCUGCUCCCUCUUGGGUUAGUUCGAAGCUUCUUGAUGAUUUGCCAGGAGUUGUUCAUUCUCUGUUGGUUUGUUUAAAUCAUCCUGAAUUAAAGCUUGUGAACAUGGCUGGUGAGAGCUCGAGCAAUCUUCCCGCUGGUUGGGUUCAGGGAACUGAGAGAAAAGAGGAUGGAACUAAGGUUAAGUAUUUUGUGCAUUUGGGAACAGGAGUACGAGUAAACUCAGUGGAAGAUAUGCUCCAUUACAAGAAUAGCGAAUCAGGGGAAAUAAUCCCAAGCAGACUGGAGGCCGCACCAAAGUCAGCCAUCAAUUCUGCAGUAGCAACAAGCAGCGAUCACGAAACCUACUGCACGCUGCCUGAGUGGGCGUGUGACAGUGGCCAGAACAAGGAAGUCACCACGCUGUACACAUUGGAAUUAGAUUUCUACUUCCACACACCACGCACAUGUCCACCUUCAUCUUAUGCAACAUCCAGUUUCUUCAACAUGCCAACCCUUCUAAGACAUGCAGCAUGGGGUUUGGUUUCAGACAACUAUGUCGUCAAACCGGCAACAGAGCGGAGCUAUGGAGCUACCUCUUUUAAGCUCGGAGGACAUGAAGAUGAAGAGACCCCAAGCAAGGUACAACUGAAAGCUUUGCUUUAUAUAUGA